GAUAGAUAGAUAGAUAGAUAGAUAGAUAGAUGGAUGAUAGGAUACUUUCUGCGUCAGAAACCUAUUGAAGGUUGGUAAGUCCUGCAGCACCACCUAGAGGAUCCAGCUGAGAAAUGCAGGAAGCAGAGAAAGCAAGGAGUAAGAGGCUAAAUUAACCCUCUUUUUACCAUCCCUCCAGCGCAUCCAGGGUUUGGCGUGUUUUUUUUUGUUUUUUUUUUGCCUUUAAAUAAUUUAGUCACAGUCAAAAAACACAGAAAUAGUCAAUAACUCCCUGAUGCCAAAAGUUCGACCAGUAGCAGGUGCCCAUUGCACAUUGUUGUUCUUUAUACUACAGCCAUAAAAAUCUACAGACGAGGCUGAGCGUCUUUUAGUGUGAAAAGGGGGGAUGCUUCCUCCAACCACCUCCUUCCAGAAGGAGGUCGCUCUCUGUUUCCUCUCCAGCCUGUUUAGGGCGGUCGAGCCGAGCGGGUCGAAGCUGUGGGGACAAGUCCGGUCUUCCCGGUCAAAGUCCGCCUUGAGCAGCAGCAGAACCGCGGUUCUGUGAAGCACCUCAACCCAUCCAUCUGCAAACAUGGACUUCUCCAUCAGAGCCGCAAACGUGGAGGACUGCAAGGACAUCGCGCGGAUGAUCAAGGAGCUGGCAGAGUACGAGAAGGUGGCUGAUCUUGUUAGAGUCACACAGAGAGACUUGGAGCAAGACGGCUUUUCCAAGAACCCGUUCUUUCACGGGAUCAUUGCUGAGGUGCCGGAACAGCACAGAACCAAAGAAGGCCAUACGAAAAUUGGCUACGCACUUUACUUCUAUUCCUAUAGCUCCUGGAUGGGGAGAGCCAUUUAUAUGGAGGACUUGUAUGUGAUGCCAGAAUUUCGAGGGAAGGGCAUUGGUAAAGCACUUAUGAGCAAGGUAGCACAGCUCGGUCUGGCUGCUGGAUGCCACCAGCUCAACUUUACAGUUCUGGACUGGAACAAGUCAUCCCUGGACUUUUACCUCAGUCAAGGCUGCUUUGACAUCACGGAUAAAAUGGGCUACCACUGCAUGCGCUGUGAGGGCGAGGCACUGGAGCACCUGGCACAACCUUAAUCCAAAUAUGAGGCUUUUGAAACCUUAAGACCAGUCCAAGCAAUGCAGAGUACCACUUUGUGUUCCUUUGUUUAAGCCCUAAUGAGAAUUGUCAGGCUAGUUUUUAAAUAAAUGGCUUUUUGCAAUUUAGCACCUUUGGUUAUUAAUUAUUUAUUCACUGGACAUGAAGCCAUCUUAAAACAUCUGUUAGAUUUACCCAUGAAAAUUAUGCAAACAAUUUUAUCCCUCAACAAUAUAUUUUUAAGGUAGUUUUUAGUAUAAAAUAUUGGUUUUUAUCAUGCUUUAUAUGUCCUCUUAAAACCUUGCUAUACUUAGAAUAAUCCAUCAUAAACCAUUAUAAUAGGUUUGGUGUGAACUCCAUGUUACCCAGGAGUGUGGGUGAAAGGUUAUAUGCACAAAGAUCCAGGUGUCUAGAUGCAGGGAUGACAGUUGCUCAGUCAAGAAAAAUGUAUCCAAGGAAAAUUUAUCCUUGCUUGCAAGUACAGUGAUGGUAAAAAUUAAGUAUACGCUUGUUGCUUCCAUAGGAUUUAAUAGUAGAAGUAGCAACAAGGUGCUCCGGAUUAGAUAAACAUGCUCAACUAAUCAUGAGCAGGUCUGACUACCUGGGUCUUCUCUAGAGAUUUUCUAGGUGCUUGAAAACACAAGGCCAAGGUGGAAAGAUAUCAGCAAUGACCUAAGAGAAGUAAUUAUUGCUGCACAUCAAUCUGGGAAGGGUCAUAAGAUCCUUUCCAAAUAAUCUGAUGUCCAUCAUUGUUGUCCAAGGUGAAAACCUAUCCACAAAUUUUAGGAAUCUUCUCAGGAGUGGGCAUCCUCGUUAAUUCAUCAGAUCGUGCAAUGCUCAGAGAAAUGACCAAAACAACCUAAGAGCGCCAUCUCAGACUCUACAGGCCUCAGUUAGGGUGUUAAAUGUCACAGUUUGUGACAUAACAGUUAGAGAAAGACUAAAGAAAUGCACUUUGUUGCCAGGAGAAACCUUUCUCUCCAAACAACAUGGUAGCACAUCUUAGGUUUUGAAAGUCCCAUGUAAAUAAACCAUAAUAUUUCAGGAAUUAUGUCAUUCAUUGGACGGAUAGUAGUCCGGUAGAGAUGUCACCAGAACAUGUCACCACAAACACCCUGUACCAACUCUCAAGCACGGUGGUGGAGAGGUGAUACUUUGGGCUUGUUAUGCAGGUGCAGGACCUGAGCACCUUGCAGUCAUUUAAAGUGCCUCAACAAGCUACUGACUUAUUGGGAGUACUUAGUUUUGCAUGACUGUAUUGAAGGUGAUAGAUUUGUUUUGUUUUUUUCCAAUGGCUGCAGCUGCCUGACAAGCUAACAGAUUUACCAUUAGCUAAUUAGCCGAGCACAACUUGCUAGCUAUGCUAACUUCCUGAUGGGGUUUUUAUCAGUCGCUAUUGUUACAUUAUCUGGAUUCAUCAGAAUAAAUGAAAAAUCCCUCUGCUUCCUGUCAACACCAACAUUUGCUCACUGAUGUAGACUGAGAUUAUUUUAAAGCAACAAUUAAUUACUAAAAACGUAUUAGUUAUUUCAAUUGUCAGUUUUCACCUGAAGGGCAAAAUAUUGCAGCGCUCCUCUUCUCUCCAGCCAUCCUUUGAGCCUGCUGAGUUCAGUUUAGCAUAAAUACUGAACAGCUGCUGUGCUUUCAGAUGCACUAAUCAACACGGAGACCAAGUGGGAGUUUUUAUGGGAUUCCAUGGGUAAAAGAAAGUCCACAUAGAAGGAGAUCGCGGAUUUGUGUCAUUGAACAUAGGCACGAUUGUUUCUUUAUAUUGUUGGGGCCUUUUUUGUAUUAAAAUGUUUAAUUUAGUGAUUUUGUCUUAAUGGUUUUAUGCUCUUUUAUGCUAGUCAGCAGUGGCUCAUGUAACCUGUAGGAAUGGUUUAGUUGGUGGUGAUUGGAAAAGUACGGUGUCAACUGUCCUGUUAGGACAAUAAUGAGCCAAAUUAACACUACUGUAAAUGCCCAAGUCAACAAAAACCUACCUGUUGUAGCUCGUUAAAGCUAGCACUGGUGAACAUUUUCUUUUCCACCUCUCACACGGUGGCAUCAUUUACCCAUCCAUAUUAGAGCUGCACAAUGUAUCGAAUCCCAGUCACCAUCGCAUUGUCAGUGGGUGCAACGUCACAAACGACAAGAAAUACCUGGACACAAGAUUUUAAAGGAUACAAUAUUUCUAGUGUCACCAAAUCACACUUUACAUAUCCAUAAUACAUAUCCAUAAUACAUGUCUGCAGACUAUGAAUACACAGGUUUUAAGCUCGAGUUGUCAACUCCCAUUUUUCAUCAUGCAUUUGCUAUAGUUUAAUGUGGUUUUGAUGGGUUAAAAUCCAAGAGGGUUUCCUAUUUUAGACAGUGUGAAGCACAGAGUAAAACAGUUCUGACCCUCCCCCACCUGUUGCUCCACACUGUCAAUCAGCAGGCCGUAAAAAGGCUGCUUCACUCUUCCAUUGCUCGCAGCAAAAACUUGGCUGCUUGGGAAUAUUUCCAGCGAUAAAAAUGUUGUUUAGCCAUGAUGUCGAAACUAGACCACCCAUCACUCUUAUUAGGAUUAAUUAUAUUUUAUGGCGUUCUACUCCUUGUUAUUAAUCCUGUGGACAACCCUUACUGUGCAAAGUGUGAUUAGUGGAGAAAAAAAGCAAAAAUGUAAUCCUAAUUCCUAAAUUAGAUGCAUGUAGAUCUUUUAUAUGUCUAACUUACCUGUUGCAAAACCAGUGACCACAAGAGUCAGUUUCAUCUUAAAGCAACUGAUGUGUGUGUGGAUGUCAUUUACUGUUCACUUUGUAUUAUAUGUGCUGGUUUUGUGAUGAUCUAUGCAGCCAGACUCAGGUUACAGCUUUCAGAGAAAUGGAUGAAGCCCAAAUUCAAACCAAAACAACCCAUUCAGUGGAAUUUGGGGAGGGGGGCAUAAAGCUUGAGUUGACUCGUUGCAUAACUUUAGAUCUGUCAUGCUUAAACGAAUGUGACAUUAUUCUGGUCUGCAACAUCAGUCUUUCCUGUUUUUUGUACAGUUUAAUGAAAACAUUUUAUGUGUUAUUUUCAUUGUUUCUGUUCUAUCCAAACAACUAAAAACCACCGACCCUUCUUUGCAACUUUUGCAUUUGGCCUUUAUUUUCAUACGGCACAUGCAACAUCAUUCAAAAUGGAUCCGCUCAUAGGAAUGCAUUUCAUGGGCCAUCAUUCUGCUGCUACACACAGCAAGGCACAAACGUGAAAAGACUGAGGGGGAUACGAGAGAUUUUAAUCCUUUCUCGCCUGCAGCUUCCCAUCAGUGUGAACUAUUCAAAUUUAAAUGCCAGCUAUUUUAAAAUCAUGGUUUCUCUCUGAUACUGUUGCCGUAAAUGACUAUUGGAACAUUAUCACUAUUUAUUCAGGUUUUAGUCUUCUAGCUUUGUCUUUAAGUAAAACUAUGCAGUGUAUCUGUUGGUAUAAGUAGAUGAGACAUCAAUGUUUGUGUGUUUAGGUGUUCAGAAAGUACCCCAUGGUGUGUUGUACCUGGUCCAAAUUCCUUGUAAAUUUUCUUUACCGCCUGCAGUCAUUUUAUUGUGUUUGAGUUCAUAAAUUUUGUUUCUAUAAUACUUCAAAAGAAGUGUCAGUGGUUACGUGUGUCCAAAGUUGACACUGAAAAUACUGAUGAAGCACUGUGGGAUUUCAGGCUUGAUCUGCUGAGUCUGACGGGGCUUUUUUUUGGGGGGGGGGGUUGAGAUGCAUCCUUUUGUGAAAAAACUGAAAUCUAUUUUUUUCAGAAGCUAUCAAACCGUUAUGAUUUUGCCAUUUGCCUUGUUGUAUAAGUUAUUACAUUCAAUUUAGUGGCUGUAUGAGAGAUGUUGUCGAAAGUAUUUAGUGGGUGUAUUUAGUGAACGGAUCUUGUAAUCAGCGUGUGUGUUUUACGUCUCUGCUCAGUUAUCAAAGAAAUAAAACCUGACAUAAUGCAUCUCAGACUGAUGUCUAAGUGUA